GCUUGUUAGAGGUGAUUGCAUUUUCACCUCCGCCUCUCCACCGGACAUCUCGCAUCAUAUUUUCUUCAAGAGCCCCGAAUAGUUGAGAACCUUUGGGGAACCUUGCCGCUGCAAGUGGCAAGAUGGGGGACGAUAGUGAGUGGAUGAAGCUUCCCAUCGACCAGAAAUGUGAACAUAAGGUCUGGAAAGCCCGUUUGAAUGGUUACGAAGAAGCUCUGCAAUUGUUCCAUAGGAUAGAUGAUGAGAAGAGUCCAGAGUGGGGGAAGUACCUUGGACUGAUUAAGAAAUUUGUCACAGAAUCAAAUACGGUUGCUCAACUUAAAGGCCUCGAGGCAGCCUUGGCCUAUGUUGAAAAUGCUCACGUUGCUGUAAAAACAACAGGUGAUGUUGUGUCUGGUGUGGUGACCAAAGUGUUUAACCAGCCAAAGGCUCGGGCCAAGGAGCUGGGAACAGACAUCUGUCUGAUGUACAUUGAAAUAGAAAAAGUCGAAGUGGUGCAGGAUGAGCUUCUUAAGGGACUGGACAACAAGAACCCCAAAAUAGUUGUGGCCUGUCUUGAGACUCUCAGGAGGGCUCUCAGUGAGUUUGGAUCCAAGAUCAUAACAUUGAAGCCAGUCGUGAAGAUUCUGCCCAAGCAGUUUGAGUCCAGAGAGAAGGCAGUGAGAGAUGAGGCCAAGAUGCUUGCAAUAGAAAUCUAUAAAUGGAUCAGAGAUGCUCUGCGACCUUCACUGCAGAAUAUCAACUCUGUCCUGCUAAAGGAACUUGAAGAGGAGUGGGUGAAGCUUCCUUCGUCACCACCUAAGCAAAGCAGGUUCUUGCGCUCUCAGCAAGACCUGAAAACAAAGUUUCAACAACAACAACAAGCACAAGGACAAGAGUCUGGAGAGGAAGAGGAGGACACAGUGGAAGCAGUGGAUCCUUAUGAGCUCUUGGAAGCUGUGGAUAUUCUUACCAAGUUGCCCAAAGACUUUUAUGAUAAAAUUGAAGCUAAAAAGUGGCAGGAGAGGAAAGAAGCUCUGGAAGCAGUUGAAUCUCUAUCUAAGAACCCAAAACUGGAGGGUGGGGACUAUGGAGAUCUUGUUAGAGCACUCAAGAAGGUUGUCGGGAAAGAUGCCAAUGUCAUGCUGGUUUCAAUGGCAGCUAAAUGUCUGGCCGGACUGGCCUUCGGUCUCAGGAAGAAGUUUGGAUCAUAUGCAGGACUGGUUGUUCCAACUAUUCUGGAAAAGUUCAAAGAGAAGAAGCCUCAGGUUGUCCAAGCCCUGCAAGAGGCUAUUGAUGCUAUUUUUCUGACUACUACUCUGCAAAAUUUGUCGGAGGACAUCCUCGCUGUGAUGGAUAAUAAAAACCCUUCCAUAAAGCAGCAAGCCUCUCUGUUUUUGGCCCGCUCCUUCAGACACUGCACACAGGCUACGCUGCCCAAGAGUGUUCUCAAACCCUUCUGUGCUGCCCUAGUAAAGCAAGUGAAUGACUCUGCUCCAGAAGUGCGUGAUGCUGCCUUUGAAGCUGUGGCAACAUCUAUGAAAGUGGUGGGGGAGAAAGCUGUGAACCCUUACCUUGCUGAUUUGGAUAAACUAAAAGUUGACAAGAUAAAAGAGUGUGCUGAUAAAGUUGAACUCCCAGGAGGGAAGAAGGGUGCAGGAGGGGGAGGAGCUGUAGAGAAGAAACCAGCAGCUAAAGGACCUUCUGCUGCUGAAUCUCAAUCUAAAUCCCAUGGCCCACCCAAGAAAACCCCAAGUGCAGCCUCCAGCAAGCCGUCUGUUGGUCCACCAAAGAGAAGCAAAACGGUCUCUUCUGCCAGUGGGAAACCCAAAAAGAACACAGACAAAGACAUAACAGAAAGCGAACUGUCGAUUGAGAUAUGUGAAGAGCAAGCGGCCGAUGUACUGCCUGCAUCCUGUCUUCAACAGCUGGAUUCUCCAAAUUGGAAGGAGAGACUUGCCAGUAUGGAGGAAUUUCAGAGGGCUGUUGAGACAAUGGAUAAAAUGACGAUUCCAUGCCAGGCCUUAGUCAAGAUGUUGGCCAAGAAACCAGGCUGGAAGGAGACAAACUUCCAGGUCAUGCAGAUAAAGCUCCACAUUGUGUCCCUUAUCGCCCAGAGGGGGCAGUUUUCAAAGAUGUCAGCCUCAGUGGUUUUGGAUGGUUUGGUGGAUAAGGUUGGCGACAUCAAAUGUGGUGGAAAUGCCAAGGAGGGAAUGACUGCUAUUGGGGAGGCGUGCUCGCUACCAUGGACUGCAGAGCAGGUUGUCUCUUUGGCAUUUGCACAAAAGAACCCCAAGAACCAGGCAGAGACUCUCAACUGGCUGGCAAAUGCCAUGAAGGAGUUUGGCUUUGCUGGUAUCAACGUGAAGGGUUUUAUCAACAACGUCAAGACGGCCCUUGGUGCUACUAACCCAGCUGUUAGGACAGCAGCAAUUACUCUGCUAGGUGUUAUGUAUCUCUACAUGGGAGCUCCUCUACGCACUUUCUUUGAGGAUGAGAAACCAGCUCUCCUGUCACAAAUAGAUGCAACUUUUGAGAAGAUACAAGGUCGGUCACCUCCAGCUCCAACAAGAUUUACCAAGAAGACCGGGAAUGAGGAUGAGUGUGACAACGGAGAGGACCAAGAAGAGGAUGUAGUAGGACAGGACAUAAUGGACUUACUCCCCAGAAUGGAUAUUAGUGACAAAGUCACUUCUGAAUUAGUUUCUAAAAUCGGAGAUAAGAACUGGAAGAUGAGAAAGGAAGGUCUGGAUGAAGUUGCUGCCAUCAUCUCAGAAGCUAAAUUCAUCACGGCCAACAUUGGGGAGCUUUCGUUGGCCUUGAAAGGACGACUCAGUGAUUCUAACAAGAUACUGGUCCAGCAAAGCUUGACUAUUCUACAGCAGCUGGCCACAGCCAUGGGGCCUGGACUCAAACAGCAUGUUAAAACACUAGGAUUCCCCAUCAUCACUGUGCUUGGCGACAGUAAGCCCAAUGUAAGGGCAGCUGCAAUGGCCACUCUGCAGGCCUGGGUGGAACAGACUGGGAUGAAGGAAUGGCUGGAAGGAGAGGAGCUAUCAGAGGAAUUGAAGAAAGAGAAUCCCUUUCUACGUCAAGAGUUGUUAGGCUGGCUAUCAGAGAAGUUACCCACCCUAAGGACUGUGCCAGGGGAUCUAACUGCUUGCGUCCCCAAUCUCUACGCCUGCUUAGAAGACAGAAAUGGUGAUGUGAGGAAGAAAGCUCAGGAUGCUCUACCCACAUUCAUGAUGCACCUUGGCUAUGACAAGAUGAACAAGGCUGCUGGCAAACUGAAGCUGUCUUCUAAAGACCAGGUCAUACCUAUGUUGGAAAAGGCCAGAGCAGUGAUGCCACCGAAACCCGCUGCUCCUCCCAAACCUGGAGGGGCAAAAUGCCCCUCUGAGACAACCGGAGCAGCCUACAGGUCUCAGGCAGUUUAUGAGGAAGUUGCCGAUAAAUCUGAAGCUAAAAAAGUCAGACCGGGAGUAGCUCCUAAGAAGCAACCGUCUCCCCCUGAGGAACCAGACCUUACCCCUCCCUCAAAGGACAAGGACAGUAAUGCUAAUAAAAAGCCCCUCAACAAAGGGAAGACUGCUCCUGGCAGUCAACAGAGUGCACCUAAUAAGAAGCCUACAGCUAAAGGCAUGAAAGAUGACGAGGAUAGGUCUGGACCCCUCUUCAUCCUUAUCCCCAAUGCUAAGGAGCAGAGGAUCAAAGAGGAAAAGCAACUGAAGAUUUUGAAGUGGAACUUCAUCACUCCUCGAGAUGAAUAUUUGGAACAGCUUAAAGCUCAGAUGUCUCCCUGCUUUGCCAAGUGGCUCCAAGAUGAACUAUUCCAUCCUGAUUUCCAGAGACAUGUAAAGGCCAUUAGCAUUAUGAUUGAGAGGCUGGAGAAUGAGAGUGAUGCCACCAUCAGUUGUCUGGAUUUAAUUCUUAAAUGGUUCACUCUGCGCUUCUUUGACACCAACACAACAGUCCUGAUGAAGGUGCUGGAGUAUUUGAAGCUGCUCUUUGCCAUGCUUGAUAGGGAGAACUAUAAUCUCACAGAGUAUGAGGCAAACUCCUUUGUCCCUUACCUUCUACUCAAGGUUGGAGAGUCAAAAGACGUGGUUCGCAAAGAUGUUCGGGCAAUACUAACCGUGCUAUGUAAGGUUUACCCUGCAUCUAAGGUCUUUCCUUACCUAAUGGAUGGUACCAAGUCUAAAAACUCGAAACAAAGAGCUGAAUGUCUGGAGGAGUUGGGAUGUUUGAUAGAAGGCUAUGGAAUGAUUGUAUGCCAACCAACUCCAGCCAAGUCUCUGAAAGAGAUUGCUGUUCAUAUUGGUGAUCGAGAUACUUCUGUCCGAAAUGCUGCCCUGAACACAGUAGUGGCUGUCUACAACGUCUGUGGAGACCAAGUCUAUAAACUCAUUGGAAAUUUGUCAGAGAAGGACAUGAGCAUGUUGGAGGAGAGGAUAAAACGUUCUUCAGCGAAGAAAACAGCUGCCACUCCAGCCAGGCAGAGUGCAAAUGAACGGUCUCAAAGAGAUCACCCAGCUAACCCCAAUGGCACAUUCCUUCGCAAGUCUGCACAGGAAGACCCCAACAAACUCAACCAAGCCCGUCAGAAUGCCCAGCAAAGCGAGUCCUCUCACAUGCCCAUUCCCAAGGAGUUCCAGUUAGAUCUGGACAUGAUUGAGAUGGACCGGAGCAGAGUAAAUGAGCUGCCUGACCUUGUUCAGCACAAGCUUGAUGAACUUUUGGAACCUAUUGUAAUCCCUGAGCCCAAGAUGUGUACAGUUUCCCCACAAUUUGAUGACCUCCAUAACAGCACUGCGUCCACAAUAAACUUUGUCAUCUCUCAGGUGGCUAGUGGGGACAUCAACACCAGCAUACAGGCACUUGCACAGAUUGAUGAAGUAUUAUGGCAGGAGAACAAGGCAGAGGUCAUGUCAGGACACAUUGACCAGUUCCUCAUUGCCACCUUCAUGCAGCUGAGACUCAUUUAUAAUACCCACAUGGCUGAUGACCGGCAGGACAAGAAGGAAAUAUUUAAACUCUACAGCUGCAUCCUUGGCAACAUGCUGUCUUUAUUCUCUUUGGAGUCUUUGGCAAGAGAGGCAUCUAUGGGUGUGUUAAAGGACCUAAUGCACGGCUUAAUAACAUUGAUACUUGACAGCAGAGUGGAAGAAACCGAGGAGGGGCAGCAGGUCAUCAGAUCUGUAAACAUGCUUGUUGUCAAAGUCCUGGAAAAGUCUGACCAGACCAACAUAAUAAGUGCCUUGCUGGUGAUGCUCCAAGACACUUUGGUCCCAGCAGCCGUGUCUCCCAUGUUCUCUGAACUGGUCAUGAAGUGCCUGUGGAGGCUGAUCCGCCACCUACCGGAGAACAUCAACACCAUUAACCUUGAUCGGAUUUUAUUCGAUGUCCACAAUAUCAUGAAGGUUUUCACCACAGAGAAUCUUCAGCAGCUCAAGAGUGACAUUCCAUACAGGACCCUCAAGACUUUACUACACACCCUUUGCAAGCUUACUGGGGCUAAGAUCCUGGAGCACCUUUCAAUGAUCGAGAACCGUAAUGAGUCUGAAUUAGAGGCCUACUUAAGGCGGGUUGUCAAACACAGUAACCUGUUUGGUAGCAAGAGUGACCGAGGUAACGAAAAGGGUGGUCUGCUCAUGGAGGAUGGGAUGUCAAAGGCAAAGGUCCGUGACAUUCUGGCUGAAAUUUUUAAGAAGAUUGGCUCCAAGGAAAACACUAAAGAGGGUUUAACAGAGCUGUAUGAGUACAAACAGAAGUGUUCCGAUGUGGACCUUGAGCCCUUCCUCAAGACCGCAUCCCCAUUCUUCCAGAGUUACGUGGAGCGAGGCCUUCGCAUGAUCGAAUCGGAACGAGAAGGCAAACCUCGCAUCCAAAACCCAACAGUGAUUGCACAGCAUGUUGCCGACAGGAGUCUGAGCAGUAAUGACGACGAUCUGAAGCCAGCGGUCUACUACGAGAGACUCAAGAUCCUACGACAGAGACAAGGCCUGGAGAACACUCGGAGUAUGAGUGGGAGUGAUGAUGAACAACAGCGACCCCCAAUCUCCUCUUUGCUCUCAUCCAAGCCAUCAGUGGCGUCCUCCACUGACAUGCUCCAUAGCAAGCUAUCACAGCUCAAAGAAUCCAGAGAGCUCUAUCAGCAGGAACACAACGUUAAGCCCCGCUCAUCGUCAAACGUACACACUCGGUCAACCUCUCCAGCGGCCAAUCUGGGUGACCUGAAGAAACGUCUGGAGCGUAUCAAGAAUAACCGGGAAUAGAAACGCGGCAAUUCAAUCAUCUGUUGGUAGAAACCAGUUGCAUCUUUGUUUUAUGGCACAUUGUGUUUCUCUUCCUACUCCAAUAGAUGGACGUAAGCAUUUGGAACCUAAAAGCCACUCUUCUCAUGUAUAAAACGUCUUCUAAAUUCAGUACAUAAUUCAUUUUUUUUUUUUUUUUUAAAUUCUCAUCUGUCUGCUUAAAGCUACAUUUACUUACGUUUUAUGCAAAUUGCACAGCUGUCUCAACUGAAGGGAGCCAUUGUUUUUAUCCAAUUAAAAAGUUGAUACUUUCUCUUGGCGUUUUCAGGCUGUUUUGACUGUGAAUGACAAGUUGCACAGUCACCCCCUGGCCUUCGAUUGUUGCCCUUCAUGAUGUGCCGAGCCAUAAUGGCAUGUGUUGAUGUCGACUGUGCUGUGUGUGGGCCAGAGGUGAAACAAUAUGAAAGCUCGUAUCACAGUCUUUGGUAUUAUCAUGAGAUCCAACCAUCCAUCUGAGUGGGGUCACAAGUGAGCUGUCUCCUAUACAGGCUGACUUUGGGCAAGAGGCAGACUACACUGAACUGGUUGACAGCAUCAUAUUACUAAGAACACGAUCACAAGUGCACACUCGGAAAACCUUGAAAAAGUUUAAUUUUGGAUACAAAGAAAAAUAAAUAAAAAUACCAAAUUGGCAACGUAAUGUACUUUUGGUCAGUUAUUGUAAACUGCAGCAACCAAUGUAAAUUACCAUACGUGCAAAAUCCUUGAGAUUCUAGUGGUCUUUAUUUGAGGUGGGACUCUAAACAUUUCUGUAACAAAUUAGCGGCUGUGUUCUCAAAUUAAAAUUUGUUUUACACUUCAAUUAGCUUUUGGUCUAUGAAUACAUAUUAGUAAACAAAUUGCAAAAUUCAAUUGAAGCAUUUUCCAUCCGGCUGCUACAUUCUGAUUUUGACAGCUAUAGGAACAAGACCAAUCUGAAUUUUGACAAUGCAGCAAUUACAAGGCUACAACUCUAUAUUAGUCAAGCUAAUAUAAUGGGUUUUGGUUAGCUCAAGACAUUUUGUUCUUCAGUCUCCAAGACUGCGUUGUCUACUACCUGAGGGCUAAAGUCGCAUAUAGCUGCACUUGAGGGAUUACAGUAUCGAUAGUUCUCCCUAAACUACACAAAGACUAUUCUGGUUUUCUCCAUGGAUCCACAUUUGCCGUUCAUGUGAAAUACGUAGCCCACUCGUUGCUCCUCACCCGUUCUCGCCAUUGUAGCGGCCAAGCACAUCUUGGCAUAUUAACUAUGACAAGGAUAAUACAAUUUUUACUGUUCAUCUUUAGCGUGGACACUGUGAGUGCCUGUAAAUAAUGUUUGUAUGUACUAAUGUUUUCGUUUCACACUCGGUUCUUUGGAGCACGACUCCAAAGCUAAUAUUGGCGUCACAAAAAGUGCUUCAAAACAACUCUUAUGUUCCGCUCUUCAUCCCACUGAAGGAAAUUCUCGCUGCCCGGGGUGGAAAGAGCAUGGCAUUACAUGUGGUUGUUUUGAUUUUUGUCAUGUAAAUAAAGUUUGCAUUGCAUAAACAA